UGUUGUUGUAAUUGAUCACAAAUCAUAACCAUACGAUUGGCUUUCUGAACCGUACGAUUAAAUCGACAGGCAUAUGGAAGCAACAUUAAGGUGCGUCGUUCAACAGAAUAAGUUAAAUAACAGAAGUAGGAAGGAAAAUCAGGGUAGCGACCUGGCCUCGAGAAUCUUCCAGGGAAGUUGUCUACUUGGUGCCUAAUAUUUAGUUACCUUUCAUAGACUUGGUGUUCGUCCUUAAAGCUUAUCUUCAUCAGCUCUUGAGGAAAAAGUCCAGUCUGAGUAGCAAUUCGGAUUUUUCUAUAUACACAUAUAGAUAUAGAUGGCAAGUGGAUUUGGUGAAUCAGCAAGCAUGCCGCCUGAAUUUGCAUCUUACUCUAGCAAUAAUGGUAGUGAUGCUGGUGAUUUCGAGUGCAAUAUUUGUUUUGAAUUAGCUCAAGAUCCAAUUGUAACCCUUUGCGGUCACCUCUUCUGUUGGCCUUGCCUGUACAGAUGGUUACACCAUCAUUCGCAUUCUCAUGAAUGCCCAGUUUGUAAGGCGCUAAUUCAAGAAGAAAAAUUGGUUCCUCUUUAUGGUAGAGGCAAAACACAAACGGAUCCUCGAUCCAAAUCUUAUCCAGGCAUUGAUAUUCCUAGGCGUCCAGCUGGACAAAGGCCUGAAACUGCCCCAGCCCCUCCUCCCCAUGAAGCUAAUAACAUGCCCAAUUAUGGGUUUGGAUUAAUGGGAGGUUUUGUGCCAAUGGCAUCAGCAAGGAUUGGUAACUUUACAUUGUCAACUGCUUUUGGUGGUCUGUCUCUAUUCCCUUCCUUGUUCAAUGUUCAAUUUCAUGGUUUCCCAGAUGCAACGGUAUAUGGAACAACAUCUGGUUUUCCAUAUGGGUUUCAUGCCUUUCAUGGUGCCCAUGCACAUGGAUUCCCCCAGACAAUGAGUCGAGGACAGCAUGCGGAUAAUGUUUUAAAGAAUCUUCUUAUGUUGAUUGGUGUUUUGGUGGUCCUUGCUCUGCUUUGGUGGUAAAUCAAUCAUUUGCUUGAUGACCAGCGGGCAUCCAGUGUUUGUAUAUACUCUAGCUGCCUUGGUGAUUUCCUUUUGCACUGGAGAAAGAUUUUAAAUGUUAAUAUGAUACUUUCUUGAUUCUGUAGUUAUAAACACUUUCUGAUGGAUUUUAAGUUUUUCCAAGAAUGGCUUGCGAAUCUGUCCUCUCUGCUUCCUCUAUUACAUUUUGCAUUGAGAAGUUUCAUCAUCUCAAAUAUGAUUUCUAUUUUGCUAAUA